ACUCGCCUCGAGCGCGGCAGGCAGGCAGGCGCGCGCGGCUCCGCUCGACGUCGUCCCCGCUCUGUUCAUUCAUGAUUGGUACUCGGCCCCCCGAGACCCAGCCCGAGCGCCGGGAGGGGAGCCGAGCGUGCGGCAGGAGGGGCGGGCGAGCGCGGCUCCCGCAGCGCACGCGGCGCUGGCUCAGGAGCCUCGGCCGGGCGGGCACACCGGCCCGGUGUCCAGCGCCAGGCAGGCUUCGGGGCAUCGUUCUCGGUCCUCGGCGAGGGAAGCGGCAGGGCCCGGGUCCGAAGGCUCGCCAGGAACGGCUAGCCCUGUGAGUCAGUGCAUGUGCGGGGCUGAAGAAGGAUAGAAAAGGCUCCCAGCGCCCCAGCCCCACGCUCGCUGAAUACCAAGCUGCGGCGAGCUGCGGGGGGCUUUUUUUUUACCUCCUCCAAUUCGGAGUAGAAGAGCCACACUGAUUUCCUUCCAGUGGAGGGGAGGGGCAGGGCCCGAGGUCCCAAGUCGCACACAAGUCUUCGCUGCCAUGGGGGCCGUCAUGGGCACCUUCUCGUCUCUGCAAACCAAACAAAGACGACCCUCGAAAGAUAAGAUUGAAGACGAGUUGGAGAUGACCAUGGUUUGCCAUCGGCCUGAGGGACUGGAGCAGCUUGAGGCCCAGACCAACUUCACCAAGAGGGAGCUGCAAGUCCUUUAUCGAGGCUUCAAAAAUGAGUGCCCCAGUGGUAUGGUCAACGAAGAAACAUUCAAGCAGAUCUACGCCCAGUUUUUCCCGCAUGGAGAUGCCAGCACGUAUGCCCAUUACCUCUUCCAUGCCUUCGACACCACGCAGACGGGCUCCGUGAAGUUCGAGGACUUUGUAACUGCUCUGUCGAUUUUACUGAGAGGAACCGUCCAUGAGAAACUAAGGUGGACAUUUAAUUUGUAUGACAUCAAUAAAGAUGGAUACAUAAACAAAGAGGAGAUGAUGGACAUUGUCAAAGCCAUCUAUGACAUGAUGGGGAAAUACACGUAUCCUGUGCUUAAAGAAGAUACUCCAAGGCAGCACGUGGAUGUCUUCUUCCAGAAAAUGGACAAAAAUAAAGAUGGCAUCGUGACUUUAGACGAAUUUCUUGAAUCCUGUCAGGAGGAUGACAACAUCAUGAGGUCCCUCCAGCUGUUCCAAAAUGUCAUGUAACUGUGAACACAGCCAUUCGGCUCUCAGAGACGUUACUAAACAACCAACUUAACACCUUGAUCGGCCCUCCUUCUGAUUUUACACGCGGACUCUUGGGACAGAAACACAUUUUGCACUUUGGAAGAAUUCUCUGCAGAGACAUUUUGUGGAACCCAGGAUCACGUGGCUCAGUCUCUGAUUGCCAGCUCUUCCUCCUCCCUCUUCUUGAGAGAGACAAGAUGAAAUCGGGUUUGUUUUGGAAGCAUGCUCAUCUCUUCGUACUGCUGCCCUAUGGAAGGUCCCUCUGCUUGAGCUUCAACAGUAGUGCACAUUUUUCUGUUUGCGUGCCCCAGGCUACUGCCUCCAAGUCCAGCAGACCUUGAUGUAUCUGGAAGCGAGAUGACCUGAGCCAAAUGCACAUCAGCUUCUGAUGGUCUCCCAAACCAAUGUGCCUGUUUCUCUUUCUUUGGUGGGAAGAAUGAGUAUUAUACAGAACAAUUAGAAUCUACUAUGACUAGAUUGGGCGAGCCAGCGCCUAACGUAUGUAGGAUAGGACUGAAUUAUUAAGCAUGGCAUUGUCUGAUGACCCAAACUGCACAUGUCCUUUGUUUCCAGAGGCAAGGACAAUAAUGCUGUCUCAUAUUAGCAUCUAUGCUGGUGGUACAAGUCCCUUAACAUGCACAGGAAGGGAGCCAAUGCCCAGUGGCCCAUGCCUCCACUUCAUCUCCUGCUAGAGCCCAGCACUGCAUGACCCUCCCAGAAAGCCCAGGAUGCCUGCAAAUUGUUGUAAUUUUAUACCAUCUUCUAAUCAAUAAACGGAACUAUUUCUUACA